AUGGCAAUGGUGAAGCUACACCGUGCAAAAAGCGUGAGGAAUUCCUAUCGAGAAGCCGGCACAUUAGAGGAACUCCAACGUCAGGAAGAAGAUUCAACGGGAACAUCCGCGGAACCGCUCUCCAAUUACCUUGAUGCGAGCCCCUGCUUCGUUUAUCAUAUCUUUCCCUUCGGGAAUCAAGGCCAGAACAAUUUAUCAUUCUAUUAUGACGCAUCUUUUCAGGCUCAGUAUUACGGGACAAUAUGGAUCGGGAGUCCACCCCAGUCAUUUCAAGUUGUCUUUGACACUGGGUCGGCCAAUCUCUGGGUCCCUUCUAAGAAGUGCUUCCUCGUUGAUCUUGCAUGCUGGUUUCAUAACAGAUAUGAUAGCUUCAUGUCCUACACCCACGAAAAGAAUGGAAAGAAAUUUUCCAUCUCGUACGGAACUGGAAGCAUGAAAGGUUUCCUGUCUGCUGACACCGUCACGGUUAGUGAUAUAGCCGUGGAAGGACAAACAUUUGCAGAAGCCAUGAUCCAGCCAGGUUUGACUUUCGUGUUUGCUAAAUUUGAUGGUAUUCUAGGAAUGGGAUACUCCACGAUAUCCGUGAAAAACGUGCCAACUGUGUUUGAGAACAUGGUGAAACAGCAACUCCUUCCGAAACCUGUAUUUUCCUUCUACCUCAAUCGUGACCCUUCGGCCGCGGAAGGUGGAGAAUUGAUUCUAGGUGGCUCUGACCCAAAAUACUACAACGGCUCCCUUACUUACGUGCCUGUCUCGCGUAAGGGUUAUUGGCAGUUCACGAUGGACAAUGUGAAAGUGGAUGAAGAUGAUGUUUACUGCCAUAAGGGAUGCGAGGCUAUUGCCGACACUGGCACAUCUCUCAUCACUGGCCCCAGCAGUGAAAUUACUGCCCUCAUUAGAAGGAUUGGAGGCCGCUCAAUCGGAGGAGGAGAAUAUGUGUACAAAAUCCCAGGUGUCACAAUUCGGCCGUACCACCUGCCUCUUGGGUUUCUCUGGGCUAAAUAUUCCUUCACCGUCCGGUCCACUGUGGAUUCUUGGGUGAAGCUCCACCGUACUAAGAGCGUGAGGAAUUCCUAUCGAGAAGCCGGCAUAUUAGAGGAACUCCAACGUCAGGAAGAAGAUUCAACGGGAACAACCGCGGAACCGCUCUCCAAUUUCCUCGAUGCGGAGUAUUACGGGGUCAUUGGGAUCGGGAGUCCACCCCAGUCAUUCCAAGUUAUCUUUGACACUGGGUCAGCCAAUCUCUCGUUCCCUUCUAAGAAGUGCUUCCUUUUCGACCUUGCAUGCUGGUUUCAUAAUAGAUAUGAUGGCUUUAAGUCCAAGACACACGCAAAGAAUGGAAGGAAAUUUUCAAUCUCGUAUGGGACUGGAAGUCUGAAGGGCUUCUUUGACCCCUUGGCCGCGGAAGGUGGAGAAUUGAUUCUAGGAGGCUCUGACCCAAAAUACUACAAAGGCUCUCUUACCUACGUCUCUGUGACCCAAAAGGGUUAUUGGCAGUUCAAGAUGGACAAGAUCCUGUCUGGUCUUGUGAGCAGAGUGAAAGUGGGUGAAGGCGAAACAUACUGCCCCGAUGGAUGCGAGGCUAUUGCCGACACUGGCACAUCUCUCAUCACUGGCCCCAGCAGUGAAAUAACUGCCCUCAGUGGGAAACUUGGAGGACGCCUAAUCAGUGGUGGAGAAUAUGAGGUGCCCUAUAGUGGCAGUACCAUCUGUCUCUUGGGUUUCUCUGGGUUCGAUAUUCCACCACCGGCUGGUCCACUCUGGAUUCUUGGUGACGUUUUUAUUGGAAAGUUCUACACAGAAUUCGACAUGGGAAAUGAUCGCAUCGGUUUUGCG